CUUUUUUAUUAGUUGUGGAAAGAAAGGGGAGCAAAGACACAGGGAUUUUUUUGUACAUUUUAUUAUUUUAUGAUUAUUAUUUUCAACUUCCCGCGGAUUAUAAGACUUACACUUGAAACACUUUACAAACAUGCACCUAUUGGGAAUAUCUGUUGUACUUGCCUAUUUUCUCUACACCAACCUCGCCAACGACUUCACCCACAGCGACUAUUAUGAUUAUUACGAGCAGGAGCAAAUGGACGAGCCGGACUCUCCACCAAAGCCAGACAUGGAGCAGAGAUUGCGCUCAGCCUCCAGUGUUGAUGAGCUGAUGAGUCUUGUCUAUCCAUCUUACUGGGCUGCCCUAAAAUGCCGCUCUAAACUCUCUGCCGCUGCCGCCGCCGCUGCUGCUUCCACCGGUACUGCCAAAUCUGCCUACCGGCCGCCGCCACAGCCCCACCGACUGAGGCCGUUGGCGAAUACUGAAGAGCCAGCAUUCGCCGCAGCCUACCUCGACUUGGAUGUCUUAAAAAGCAUAGAGUCAGAGUGGAGGAAGACUCAAUGUAUGCCCAGGGAAGUGUGUGUCGACGUGGGCAGGGAGUUCGGGGCUCCGACCAAUGUCUUCUAUAAGCCACCCUGUGUGUCCGUCUACAGAUGUGGGGGAUGCUGCCACUCUGAGGACAAACAAUGCAGGAAUAUUUCCACUGGUUACCUCAGCAAAACUCUCUUUGAGAUCACGGUGCCAAUCACCCAAGGCACCAAGCCGGUGACCAUCAGCGUUGCCAACCACACCCAGUGCAGCUGUCUGUCCAAACUGGAUGUCUACAAACAAGUUCACAGCAUCAUCAGAAGAGCUUUACCUGAGUGUCCAGUAGCAAACAGGUCGUGUCCUCAUGGUCAGGCUUGGAAUAGCAGACUGUGUCGGUGUGUUACCAUGACAACAAGCAUGCAACACAACCACCCUCCACCGCCUCCACCUCCUCCCAGACCCUCGGCGCAGUACAUUGACAUAUUUGCGACGGACGUGUGCGGCCCAGAUAAAGAACUGGAUGUGGAAACCUGUCAGUGUGUGUGUCGGCACAGGGAUCAAGCUCACAACUGCGGCCCUAACCGACACCUUGAUCGCAACACCUGCCAGUGCGUUUGCAACGUCCCACAGCCUUCUACCUGUCCAAACAACUACGUCUUCAACAAGGAGAUGUGCCAGUGCACGUGUAACAAGACGUGUCCGAGGCACCAGCCCCUCAAUAAGACAAAGUGCUCCUGCGAAUGCAACGAGUCGCCCAAUAGGUGUUUCCUCAAAGGAAGGAGAUUCCACCAAGCUACAUGCAGUUGCCACCGGCCCCCCUGUGAGGUGAGGAGGCGAAGGUGUGAUCCAGGUUUCUCCUUCAGUGAGGAGGUGUGCCGCUGCAUCCCCUCCCACUGGAGACGACUGGACUAACCACUACCUAAUGAGAUGCUAAUGAGAUGCUAACGAGCUUAACGACUAUGAUUCAUUGUCCAUCUCUAGAAGAGCUGCCAGUCAUAAGUAUCUCCAUCAGUCUUUGACUGCUAAAGAAAACUAAAAGAAGAUGGAUGGAGUUGAGUUGGAAAGAAAAAGACAGUUGGAUGAAAUGGACCCUGGUAAAUGUGGUAAACUUUGGCAAUUUGAAUGCAGAAAAUGGAAACUUUGGCGAUUCAGGGAAAAGUCUUAAAGUGGGAAAUGCGCUGUCUCAGUUAUAUGGACGUUUUUAUGGGAGAUGGACCACAGAGCCCCAAAAACGCAGCAGAAUGGAAUUAAGGACUGAGAAAAAGAGGUGAAGCUCGAGAUUUGUUUUAAAUACUGUCGUAAUAAUUUGUUUUAAAAUAUUUUUUGUAUUAAUUAUGUCGUAUUAUUCAGAUAUUGAUUAUAUAAUUUAUUAAAUGUUUUUUCAACCUCUUUGUUUAUUGCAA